AUGGCUUUUCCUGCAGGAUUUGGCUGGGGGGUGGCCACCUCAGCUUAUCAAGUAGAAGGAGGCUGGGAUGCAGAUGGAAAAGGCCCUUGUGUCUGGGACACAUUCACCCAUCAGGGAGGAGAGAGAGUUUUCAAGAACCAGACUGGUGAUGUAGCUUGUGGCAGCUACACUCUGUGGGAGGAAGAUCUGAAAUGUAUCAAACAGCUUGGAUUGACUCAUUACCACUUUUCUCUUUCCUGGUCACGUCUGUUACCUGAUGGGACGACAGGUUUCAUCAACCAGAAAGGCAUUGACUAUUACAACAAAAUCAUCGACGACUUGUUGUUCAACGGAGUUACUCCCAUAGUAACUCUUUACCACUUUGAUUUGCCUCAGGCUUUAGAAGAUCAAGGAGGUUGGCUGUCAGAAGAAAUCAUUGAAUCCUUUGACAAAUAUGCCCAGUUUUGCUUCAGUACCUUUGGAGAUCGCGUCAGACAGUGGAUCACCAUAAAUGAGCCCAACAUUUUUGCUCUGUUAGCAUAUGAGCUUGGUGUAUUUCCUCCAGGUGUGCCUCACUUAGGGACUGGGGGUUAUCAGGCAGCUCAUAAUCUGAUAAAGGCACAUGCCCGAUCCUGGCACAGCUAUGAUUCCUUAUUCCGAAAAGAGCAGAAGGGUGUGGUGUCAUUUUCAUUAUUUUCUCCGUGGGUGGAACCAGCAGAUCCUGACUCAGUGACUGAUCAGGAAGCUGCUCAAAGAGCCAUCGCCUUCUGCUUAGAUUUCUUUGCUAAACCCUUAUUUAUUGACGGUGAUUAUCCUGAAGUUGUCAAGUCCCAAGUUGCCUCCAUGAGUAAAAAACAAGGCUAUCCAUCAUCAAGGCUUCCAGAAUUUACAGAAGAAGAGAAGAGAAUGAUCAAAGGCACCGCUGAUUUCUUUGCUGUGCAGUAUUAUACGACUCGCUUAGUCAAGUACAAGGAGAACAAGACAGGAGAAUUGGGGGCUCUCCAGGAUGUGGAAAUUGAAAUUCUUCCAGAUCCAUCUUGGCAAUCUAUAGAUUGGGUCUGCGUGGUGCCAUGGGGGAUACGCAAAUUACUGAAAUAUAUUAUGGAUACGUAUAAUAAUCCUGUAAUUUACAUCACUGAGAAUGGGUUUCCCCAGGGUGACCCUGUGUCUCUUGAUGACACUCAGCGCUGGGAGUAUUUCAGACAGACGUUUCAGGAACUGUUCAAAGCUAUUCACGUUGAUAAAGUCAAUCUUAAACUCUACUGUAUAUGGGCACUUCUGGAUAACUUUGAGUGGACCCAGGGUUAUAGCCACCGGUUUGGUCUCUUCCAUGUUGACUUUGAAGAUCCAGCUAGACCUCGAACCCCUUACACGUCAGCCAAGGAGUAUGCCAAGAUCAUCCAAAACAAUGGCCUAGAAGAACCCUAGAAAAGUUGGCAGCGAAAAUACCACCUGGAGAAGAGGCUUC